UGUAUUGCAGCUUUAAUACGGUCCAUAAUGCCUUGCGGUGUCACAGUUCCGAUGCAAUGUGUUUACUAGCAAAAGUAAUGAAAUGGGGAGAGGCAAUUUUCCGCAGCAUAUUGGUCAACCUGCAAUGGCUAUAGCAGGGACAGUGCAUCGUUAAACUUUCAGUCAAGGAUAUUACAACGCUGCUAAUUUUCUCAUGAUGCAGUUUUCUCUUUGCUGUGGACCGUGUCACGCUGUCGCAGUUCGUACAAGUAAUUUAUAGGCUUCCGCCGAGUCACAUUUGCAGAUUGCAUUUCUCUACAGAAUCUAUUUUUCCUAAACUUCAGUCCCAAUAGAGAAGACUGAGGGGGACUUCUGUUGGUGUUUCGGCACCUACAACACGAAGUCUGCUGCCAUUUAAGGGCAAUCUGGAUGAAGAACAAAAGCACUUUCUAACCAGCUGUAAACACGCCAGGAAUAGAGAGAUCAUCAGCCAGGCCAGAGAUAAAGUGUUCUUCCUCCUCAGUGAGGUGGUGGUCAGCUGGAGCCACCCUGCACCACUGUGCACAGCUGGAGCUUCCAGGAAUGAUGGGGCCAACCCACCGCAGCAGGCCCCCUCGCUGCACCUGACCUAAGUCACCUGACCCAGCAUGGAGCUCAAGGUCUGGGUGGAUGGGGUCCAGAGGGUCGUAUGCGGGGUCACCGAGGCAACCACCUGCCAGGAAGUGGUCAUCGCUCUGGCCCAGGCCAUAGGCCGCACUGGGCGCUAUACCCUGGUGGAGCAAUGGCGGGACACAGAGCGCCACCUGGCCCCCCACGAGAGCCCAGUGGCCUCCAUCAACACCUGGGGUCAGUAUGCCGGUGAUGUCCAGCUGAUCCUGCACCGCACAGGCCCCUCCCUGACUGAACGCUCCCCUUCCGAGGGGCCCCCGCUUCGGGGCCCGGAACGCGGUCUCCACCGGCAGAGCCUCCCCCCACUUGCCAAGCUCCGCCAUCCCAGGGAGCGCUCCCUCCGCCGCCGUGAGCCGCGCCGCAAGUCCCUCACCUUCUCCGGCAGGCCCUGGGGCCUCCGGGACAUCCUGAGUGGGGGCCGGGCUUGGGAGGAGAGGGAGGCCGAGGCCAAACAACGUCUCCUACUCCAGGGGAACGGUGGGAACCAGAACCACCACCACCAUGUAGCAGCCGAAGCGGUAGCCCCAGGGGGGGCAGUGUCCCCCGGCAUGUGGGCCUGCCGCAUGGAUGACUUGGUCAGACUGGUGGGGCUCCAGAGAGAGACUCUGGGUGUGCUGGAGAAGAGGCUGGAGGCCUAUGAGGCUGAGCUGCAGACCUGGGGUGGGGGUGGGGGAGAAGGAGGGGGAGAGGAGGAAAAGGAAGCGGGAGGGCUGGUGGAGGAGAUAGUGAGGCUGGAGAGACGACUGAGGAAGAACGAGGUGGAGAUGGAGGAGGAGGAGUUCUGGGCCAGUGAGCUGCAGAUUGAGCUGGAGAGCGAGAGGCAGCUGGAGGACAGGCUUGAGGAGCUAACGGGACGUCUGCAGGGUGCUAAGGUCGACCUGGGGGACAGGAUGGCUCUGGUACAGGGUGUGGAAGCGGGUCUCGAGGAGGAGCGUCUGCGGUGGGAAAGACAGGAGACUCAGAGGGUGAGCGAGGUGGAGGCCAGGGCGCAGCUGCUUAGGGCCCGCACGGAGCUCAAGACCCAGGACAGACAAGCCGUCCAGCUGGAGAGCAGCUGCAGAGCCGUGGACAGGUCCCUGAGCCAGAGUAGCAAGAGAAUGCAGAACAUGCAGCAUGAGCUGGAGCAGCUGACCAAGGAGCUGAGACAGGUCAACCUGCAGCAGUUCAUCCAGCAGACUGGCACCAAGGUUACCGUGCUGCCAGCCGAGCCCAGUGAGGAAGAGGAGGGGACUACCCACACCGGACAGGGCACAGACUUGGUUCCUCUGUCCGGUUCCCUGAAGCGUCCAGUCUCCUCGAUGCCCGGUCACCUUCGGGUCCUGCAAAGCCCGCUGACAUCUGGCUUGAACCCAGAAGGGAUCUACGUGUAAGAGGACAGAGGACACAGAGGGGGAUGUCUAUGUUCCCUGCCAGCUGGCCCCCUCACUACCAACCUAAAGGUAGCCUGCUUGGUAGUCUGGUCCCAAAACGGUUGUCUUUAGCCAACUCCUCUCCUAUUCACUCCUAGUCAGGAGUUGGUUAUAUACAGAUCUGGGAUAAGACUAGUUCAAGGAUGUAAUAGCACGUCCAGGUAAAGGAUACUUCAGUAACACUCUCUUGUCAUGGUUAAAAGGACCUACACUUACACAGAGGAUAUGGCUAGAGGCCAUUGUGUACAAGCACUCCUAGUCUCCCACAUGGGACAACACAUGAUGAUGAUUGCUCCAACGAUGAAGGGAAGACUAUGGGUAACCUACCUGACUGCAGGAUGGGGCACUUAGCUUGGAUGAACAGACAGAGAUACACUGAGUGUAGAAAACAUUAGGAACACCUGCUCUUUCCAUGACAUAGACUGAUCAGGUGAAUCCAGGUGAAAGCUAUGACCCCUUAUUGAUGUCACUUGUUAAAUCCACUUCAAUUAGUGUUGAUGAAGGGGAGGAGACAGGUUAAAGAAGGAUUUUUAAGCCUUGAGGCAAUUGAGACAUGGAUUGUAUAUGUGUCCCAUUCAGAGGGUGAAUGGACAAGACAAAAGAUGUAAGUGCCUUUGAACGGAACGGGCUAUGGUAGGGGACAGGCACAGCGUUUUGGGCAUGUCAAGAACUGCAACGUUGCUGGGUUUUUCACGCUGAACAGUUUCCAGUCUGUAUCAAGAAUCGUCCACAACCCAAAUGAUAUCCAGCCAACCUGACACAACUAUGGGAAGCAUUGGAGUCAACAUGGGCCAGCCACAUCUUGUAGAGUCUAUGCCCUGAGGAAUUAGGCUGUUCUGAGGGAAAAAGGGGUGCAACUUAAUGUUAGUAAGGUGUUCCUAAUGUUUGAUACACUCGGUGUAGUUGAAAUGGACAAUAUGGCAACAGACAUAAGAACCAUGUGUCAUAGCCCAAAUGGUUGCCUAUCUAUGGAAACCUUGUGACUAAAAGUGAUGUGUCAUUAUCAUCAUCAUCAUUAUCAUCAUCAUCACCGUUUUCAUCCCUUUAAAGUGCAAUUACUUUACUUUCAUUUAAAUGAAUUAAGCUGUAAUGUAGCUACAUUUGGACGGCAUUGAGUCAUGGAUGAGAUGUCCAUACGGUGGCCCUAGGGGGCAAAGUAGCUUUUCAUGGAUUUCUGUUUCUGAAGCAUUUAUACUGUGUAUUUAUCAUAUCAAACUUUGACCCUCAGCUCACAUCAACCAACAUGCAGACUGUUUCUGCUCUGUUCUGAUUUUCAUUAUAUACUAGGCACAGUACAACAUACAGCCAGUGGUUCAAGGUUUUGUUACUGAAGAAAGGAUAGAUGGUAACCUAUGUGUCCAUAAGUGUUAAUAUGUCAAUUAUUGUCAAUAAAUUUAUAUGUCAUAUGCGAUAUGUCAAUUAUUGUCAAUGCAUAUUUCAUAUACAGUGCCUUCGGAAAGUAUUCAGACUCCUUUACUUUUUCAAAAUGUUGUUACGUUACAGCCUUAUUCUAAAUGGAUUAAAUAAAACCUUUUCCUCAGCAAUCUACACACAACACCCCAUGACGACAAAGCAAAAACAGGUUUUGAGAAAUGUUUGUAAAUGUAUUAAGUAUAAAAACAGAAAUACCUUAUUUACAUAAGUAUUCAGACCCUUUGCUAUGAGACUCAAAAUUGAGCUCAGGUGCAUCCUGUUUCCAUUGAUCAUCCUUGAGAUGUUUCUACAACUUUAUUGGAGUCCACCUGAGGUAAAUUCAAUUGAUUGGACAUGAUUUGGAAAGGCACACACCUAUCUAUAUAAGGUCCCACAGUUGACAGUGCAUGUCAGAGCAAAAACCAAGCCAUGAGGUCGAAGGAAUUGACCGUAGAGCUCCGAGACCGGAUUGUGUCUAGGCACAGAUCUGGGGAAGGGUACCAAAACAUUUCUGCAGCAUCCCCAGGAACACAGUGGCCUCCAUUAAUCUUAUCAAAUUAAAUUGUAUUUGUCAAAUGUGCCGAAUACAGCAGGUGUAGACCUUAGAGUGAAACGCUUACUUAAAAGCCUUAACCAACAAUGUAGUUUUAAGAAAAUACCCCCCCCCCCAAAAGUAAGCUAAAAAAAAGUUACAAAUAAAAGUAACAAAUAAUUAAAGAGCAGCAGUAAAAUAACAAUAGCGAGGCUAUAUACAGCAGGUACCGGUACAGAGUCAAUGUGCGGGGACACCGGAUAGUCGAGGUAAUUGAGGUAAUAUGUACAUGUAUGUAGAGUUAUUAAAGUGACUAUGCUUAGAUAAUAACAGAGAGUAGCAGCAGCAUAGAAGAGGGAGGCAAUGCAAAUAGUCUGGGUAUCCAUUUGAUUAGAUGUUCAGGAGUCUUAUGGCUUGGGGGUAGAAGCUGUUUAGAAGCCUCUUUGACCUAGACUUGCCGCUUGCCGUGCGGUAGCAGAGAGAACAGUCUUUAACUAGGGUGUCUGGAGUCUUUGACAAAAAAAAAUCUGAAAUGGAAGAAGUUUGGAACCAGCAAGACACUUCCUAGAGCUGGCCGCCCAGCCAAGCUGAGCAAUCGGGGAAGAAGGGCCUUGGUCAGGGAGGUGACCAAGAACCCGAUGGUCACUCUGACAGAGCUCUAGAGAUCCUCUGUGGAGAUGAGAGAGCCUUCGAGAAGGACAACUAUCUCUGCAGCCCUCCAUCAAUCAGGCCUUAAUGGUAGAGUGGCCAGACGUAAGCCACUCACUCCUAAGUCAGGAUCGAGGCAAAGAUGAACGGAGAAAAGUACAGAGAGAUCCUUGAUGAAAACCUCAGACUGGGGUGAAGGUUCACCUUCACAACUACCCUAAGCACACAGCCAAGACAACACAGGAGUGGCUUCGGUACAAGUCUCUGAAUGUCCUUGAGUGGCCCAGCCAGAGCCCAGACUUGAACCCGAUCAAAUAUCUUUGGAGAGACCUGAAAAUAGCUGUGCAGCGACACUCCCCAUCCAACCUGAAAGAGCUUGAAAGGAUAUGCAGAGAGGAAUGGGAGAAACUCCCCAAAUACAGGGGUGCCAAGCUUGUAGUGUCAUAUCCAAGAAGACACGAGCCUGUAAUUGCUGCCAAAGGUGCUUCAACAAAGUAUUGAGUAAAGGGUCUGUAAAUGUAAUAUUUCAUUAUUUUUUUUUAAUAUAUAUAAAUUAGCAAAAGUUUCUAAAAACUUGUUUUUGCUUUGUCAUUAUGAGGUAUUGUUUGUAGAUUGAUGAUUUUUUUUAAUUUAAGAAUAAGGCUGUAAUGUAACAAUGUGGAAAAAGUCAAGGGGUCUGAAUAAUUUCCGAAUGCACUGUAUGUGAAAUGACAACUGAUCUAUUCACUUAUUGAAAUGGUAGAAUACUGUAGAUAGUAUAAAGCUUGGUCACUAUUCACAUGUAUUUCCAUUGCUGAGGAAGAAGCAGAACUUUGGCAACUGUGUAUGUACUUUACGCAAUAUUGUUAAUGCAACAGUAUUGAAUAAACCGCCAGUGUUAGUUUUCUCUUUUAUCUUGCUCUGACAAUAUGACUAUGUUACUAUGCCAAAAUGUGUAAGCAUAUUCAUCUGUAAAGAAAUGGGACCAAAGAUUAGAGAUCUUAUUGCAUCUGUUUGGUUUUCCAAAUAGCCAUAUCUGAAUACUUAUUUGAAGCUAAGUGACAGUAAGUCGACUUUUGUAAGAUCCUAAGAGGGAGUGGUUUGCCUCAAUAGAGAGAUAUGCAUCACUGAUAUAAAAGAUCAAACUGAUCUUAGAUCAACACUCCUACUCUGAGACACGUUUAUGAAUACAGGCCCUGGGACCAGGCUAGAGUAGCAGUGCUGCUCUAAGAUUAGUUUGACCUUUUAUUUCAUAAUGAAUACGAUUAUAUGGCCAGAGAGGACCUGGUCCUAGAUGGUCCAUGACCCCUAAUCUGGUCCAUGACCCCUAAUCUGAGAAGAUUUGUGGAUAAUGGCCCAGACCAGUUUUUCCUGUCUUGCCAAUUCCUUGGCAUGACAAUGACCAGAGGAGUUGCCAAAACAGCACAAACUGAUCUGGAACCAGGCUAAUGCAAUACAUCACUAAUACACCACUGACUAAGGGCUUGAUUCAAUUCGUAGCACUGAAGACCUGCACUAUGGAGCAAUUGAAAUUGAAAGGCAAUGUUCCCGUGUUUGUGGAGACUGCAUUUACAUUAAACGCUGCAUAUGUCAUCUCAACCUUUCAAUCGCGCUAUAAGGCGGACCUUCAGUGCUACUGAUUGAAUCGAGCCCUAAAAUCUGAUAAAACAACACUCCAUUUUAGUUUCUGCAUUAAAGAAGAAAUGAACCAAUUGUUGUUGUACACAAUAUCAUAAUUGCCUUCAAUAUACAGAAUGCCUCUCAUUGGUUUUGAUAAACAAAUAGUUCACUGCUACUCAUCUUUUAAUAAGUUCUUAACAAGUGCCUUAUACUCAUGCUUAUUUCUACAUAUAUACAAAUAAUGUAAAGCUUUACCAGGAAUUAUUCCAACAAUGACCCUGCUCUGUUCUAGCCUGGUCCCAGAUGUGUUUGUGCGGUCUUGCUAACUCCUAUAGUCAUUGUUCCGCCAGUGACCACAUGAGUUGGCAAGACAGCACAUACAGAUCUGGGACCAGGCUAGCUGUGUUCAUUGUGUGAGUAAGAUGUUUAUGGAAGAAACAGGUGGUUCGACAUUUGUUUCUGAUAGGUUUGAUUACAGCCUAUAUACUUACCAUGGUUUUAGCAUUCAUUUUCCACAUAAGGUAAAGUAGGUGGCUCUAUCGCUGUAAAAAUAAUACUUGUAUGUUUCCAUAGGUUGUUUUGGUCAGUGUUUACAAUUGAUAUCUUGUGCAUUCCCAUGUUAAGAAAUCAACUGUACAUAGCUACAUGUUUUAUUUUCCUGCCUUAAUUCACAGAAAAUUGUUGAGAGAUGUAUGGAUACAAUUGGCUGCUGAUGUGACAUGGAUUGCAUGAUUAUAAUAAAACGAUAUGACACAUUUUUUGUCAUCUUA